AAGUUCUCACUGGACAGGAUAUCCGGAAGGACCCGGUCGAGUCCUGGCUCCGGCUGGUUUGGCUAGCUGGUGGGAUACAGUCCGCCCCUCUUCUUUUUAAACAAAAAACUUCUGGUCUGCUGUAGUACCGCAGAAUAAACAGACGCUGUGGUGCGUUGGUUCCGGAAGGCCUUGGAGUUUCAGUGAUUUAGGGGGACGUGAACGGAAAGGAGAACCGGAACCAUUCCUUCGCGGAACCAUUGAGGUGAGGCCUCGGGGAAGCAUUUGAGGAGCGGACCACGGCGGCCCGGGACCGGACUGGCAGGUAUGGCGGCGGUGGAGCCGGACGCGGAAUCAAAGGCCGCCAUCCCCGUGGACCUACGGCGGGAACGGCGACUGGUGUGCGUGGAGUACCCAGGCGUCGUGCGUAAUGAGGCCAAGAUGCUACAGACUCUGGGCGGCGAGGAAGGCGUCUCUCGAAUCUACACUGACCCUUCCAAGAGGCUUGAGCUCUACUUCCGGCCCAAGGACCCAUACUGCCACCCUGUGUGCGCUAACCGUUUCAGUACCAGCAGCAUGCUGCUCCGGAUCAGGAAAAGGACCAGACGGCGGAGAGCUGCCCCGGGGGCUGAGACCCAACCCCAGGUCACAUUCGACUUGGAAAUCCUUGGCAUCAUCUCCACAAUUUAUAAAUUCCAGGGAAUGUCUGACUUUCAGUACUUGGCAGUGCACACGGAAGCGGGUGGCAAGCAUGUGUCCAUGUAUGACAGAGUGCUCAUGCGCAAACCCGAGAAGGAGGAGUUCUUCCACCAGGAGCUGCCACUUUACAUCCCCCCACCCAUCUUCUCCCGGCUCGACACCCCAGUGGACUAUUUCUAUCGCCCUGAGACACAGCACCGGGAAGGCUACCACAAUCCCUCCAUCUCGGGCGAGAACCUGAUUGGAUUGAGUAGAGCCCGGCGCCCCCAUAAUGCCAUCUUUGUCAACUUUGAGGACCCUGAGGUACCUCUACAGCCCUUGGAGGCUGCAGUACAGACUUGGAAGAAGGCCUGCACCAACCCCAUAGAUCAGAAAGUGGAGGAGGAGCUGAGGCAGCUCUUCGACAUUCGUCCAGUCUGGUCACGAAAUGCUGUCAAGUCUAACGUCAGUGUCCACCCUGACAAGCUCAAGAUCUUACUUCCCUACAUGGCUUAUUACAUGAUAACAGGUCCAUGGAGAAGCUUGUGGAUUCGUUUUGGCUAUGACCCUCGAAAACACCCAGAUGCCAAAAUUUAUCAUGUGCUUGACUUUCGAAUCCGCUGUGGAAUGAAAUACGGUUAUGGUUCCAGGGACAUGCCUGUCAAAGCGAAGCGCAGCACAUACAACUAUAGCCUCCCCAUCACUGUCAAGAAGACAUCCAACCAGCUUGUUAACAUGCGUGACCUAAAGCAGGGCCUGGGCCCAUCAGGAACAGACGGCCCACGCAAAUUGACCUACAAUAAGUACAAGCUCAAGGAUUCUGUCUACAUCUUCCGGGAAGGGGCUCUGCCACCCUAUCGACAGAUGUUCUACCAGCUGUGUGAUUUGAACGUGGAAGAAUUGCAGAAAAUUGUUCACCGCAAUGAUGGGACAGAGAGCGUGUGCACGGAGAGAGAUGGAUGGUGCCUUCCCAAGACCACAGACCACCUGAGGGACACCAUGUCACUCAUGAUUCUGCAGACCAUCCGCUCUGAGAGGCCUGCUCUGUUCUCUGACACAGGUAAGGCUGAUCAAGGGAAAGGCCAGCUGAUGUUCGAGUCUGGUGAGGAGGGCGAGGAGGAAGAGGAAGAGGAGGAAGAGGAAGAUUUCAAGCCCUCAGAUGGGAGUGAAAAUGAGAUGGAGACAGAGAUUCUGGACUAUGUGUGACAGCGCUGGCUCCAGGCAACCAGGACAUGCUGGUGUACCGUGAUGGGACAGUUGGGACAGGCCUGUGCCCCAUCCAGGGUGGUGAGAUGAGGACACUGGGCAACCUCAGACUGGGCUCAGCCUGACUUCGCCAAAUGGACCAGCUCUUCAGUUCCCUGGAAACACCCUCUUGUCUGACAGCUUCCUUUUGUAAAACCAGAGUCUGUCAUGUCCCUGCCAAGCUGGCCUCCCUGGAAGGUUCUCUCAUGCAUGGCCUCCCAAGCCCCUGGGCAGUAGCACCACUUCCUGAAGGAUGCUGAGUGAGAGAUGGGCCAUUGCCUUGUUUCUCUGUGCGGCCUCUGUCCCUUGAACCGUGUGGCCUGGCACACACAGUCAAGUCACAGCAAUUCCAAAGCCAGAUGCCUUGAGCCAGCUCAUCCUCCUGACAAGAUUGAGGACCCAUUGUUUCAUUUGGCCCAAAUGGAUACCCCUGGGAACUUCCCAGCCUUGCAGGGAAGCAGCUGGACCCUUGUCCUCUGAUGACCCUGCUCCCUGCUGCUUCAAAGAAAGCUCAGCCUAGAGGCAGGAAGUAAUCCUUCCCUAAAGACUGGCCAGCCUUGCCUGGCCCCACAGGACUUCUCUCACAGAAGCUGCCAGGAUACCUCAGCCAGGAGCAUUCCCACUUCUGAGCUGCUGCCCAACCUGGUCUUUGGGGAGGUCUAUCUAGGUUCUGGUCCCAUCUACCCAGGAAUAUCUUGACUGUAGAUCUGAGGAAGGUUCUGAGUAAGGGACCCCAUGCCCUUUGAAGGCCUUACCUACACAGAGCCCAGGGCAAUAGCAGUCUUGCCUUAGGUUGGCCAAACUAAGACGUCCUGAGCUCUAGCCACACCUAGCAAAGGGUGGUGAUUCUUCUCCUGAAUUCCCAUGUAAAUAAAAGUGUUUUCAGUAUGAAAAUAUAAAAUGCCCUCGGAAGUGCUCGUGUUUCAUGCAGCUGAUUCCCAGUCCCCUGACUUCACAGCACCUGAGUUGCACCCUGGUAUUGUUUUCUAUUUGUGUUUUGCUGGGUGUGGUUGAGAAAAGACCAUACUUGUCUCUAACAGAACUACAGUGCUAUUUGGCACAGAACCAUUAGAAUUUAUUGUAAACAGCUGGCUUACAGUUGUGGUACAGGUCCACAGCCUUGGGGCAUGGUGUAGGGUGGAGAUUCAGUGAAAGGGCUGCCGUCAAAGGUGGCACCCUGGCUGUCCCGUCCCUCCCCCGCAGUCUCAGGCCUGCAGUAGACUGGGCAUGAAGCCCACCCACAUAGAGGCUAAGCUUUCCUGUCACCGCCUACUGAUUUAUACAGCAUUUCAUCUGAAAAAAGCCUCAAACAUCAGAAUGCUUGACCAAGUGUUUUAGGGUUUGUUGGCUUGUUUGUUUGUUUUGAGACAGGCUCUCUCUAUGUAGCCCUGGCUGUCCUGGAACUCACUGUGUAGACUAACAUUGAACUCCCGGAGAUCCUUCUGCCUCCACCUCCUUCAUGCUGGGAUUGAAGAUGUGUACACCGUGCCUACCUUGACCAAAUAUCUGUGUACCCUGUUAAUAUGUGACAUUGAUCACCAUAGUUAACACAAUUUCCAGUUCUUUCCAGCAGCCCUUUGGCCUCUGGGGGCACCUGUACUCAUGUGUGCAUACUCCAUACAGACAUAUACACAUAAUUUAAAAUAACAAAUCAUUGAAGUACAUACGUUUAACAGUUGAUAAACUAGACAAUGUAACAUGAUAAAAUCAGAAGGCUGCUUGGGGUCAUUUAAGCCUCUCUGUUCUUUGUACUUGGGGUGAGUUCUGCAGGCCAGUGCCUGAAGGGACUCUCCCAAGUGAGGCCACUCACUGGCUCCUGUAAGCUUAUAUCUCCUGCCUGAGAGCAAAGUAGAAGCACCUCUCCCGAGGCACCUGCAACCAGGAAAGGGAACUGCAGACCCUGCGCUUGCCAUGCAUGCCAGGAACUCCUUGUCAGAGAGAAACUGAGGCUCAGGCCACAUAGCUGGGGAGUGGCAGCAGCAGGCCUGGCCUGAGUUGUGGUUGUAAUUCUGAUAUACGUGGCACCAGUGUUGGUGGACUUUACUUCUUAGGAAACAUUUUAUCCGCCCCCCACCAAAGGAAAACCAACUGCUAUUAAAA